CCUCCCUUCACAUCAAGGCCGUGAAAACAAAAAAACCCAUUGCUUUCCCAGAUGCUUCGUCUGUGAACUAUUGAUCAUCCAUCUAACGGCCGUCUCCCCCCGUCCAGCCUUUUCUUUCCCCGUCUCACCCAAGCAUCAACCCACACUCUCCCGAUCUCCCGGUGACCUCAUCCCCUUUUGUGAUCGUCAGCAUCGUCGUCAUCGUCGUCAUCUCUCCUGAUCGAGGAGACGGGGAAAGGAAACCACGUCAAGCGAUGACCAAAAGGCGCGCCGACCACCUUCGCGAUAUUUCCCCGAGAGAUCCCAAUCACCCAUGGGUUGCACGAGGCUAUCGACCAGAUGUGGCUUAUGCCAACAGGACCGCUCCCAUCGAAGACCCCUACGGUGAGAUUGCAUAUCAGCGCGCCUUCGCCGAGGCGGCCGAGUCCAACUCCUUUCGAGUUCCCGAGCCGGUCCUGUAUCACAAUUCCCCUUCGGCACGCGAGUAUAUAAGACGGAGAGACGAGCCCUUCUUCCCCGUCAAACCCACAAAGUCCAGCAACAAAUCUACCAGCCAGCCUGCCACACCCACCUCCGCCAACACAUCGGCUUCCUCGCCCGCGAAGCUUCCUUCACCUAGAAACGGUUCAGACUCGGGAUUUCCUCAUGGCCGAGCAGAUGCCAAUUUGAAGGUGGAACCUGGUGCUCCCAGACCGAAUGCAUCCCCCAGCACCAAGAAUAUCCAGCAGCAGUCACCCCGAGCAAUAAGACCCGCCGCCGAACAGACUCCAUCUCAUCUAGGCAACGGUCUCCCUUGGACCUUGGAGCCUAAAAUCCAAGCUCCCUCAGGCCCUUCUAAGAUGCUCCGAUGACCCAAGGAAGUCAGGCAGAGGCUAUCUUCCCCCCCAACCCACCGGUCGGGGGGGUCCAACAGACGCCUAGCACUAUAUCAGCACCACGAACCUUGAUUACUUGGGUGAUCGCGGCGGCCUUCUUCACGCAGGGAUCACGUUCCACAAGAUCCCUGGAUUCUACUAAUCACAGAAUUACGACUUCGCGACGCAACACCAGCAGUCUUUUCUCACUAUUAUUCUUCGGUAAGACCUUGGUAUGCACAUAGCGAUCGGUGGCGAGAUCGACACCCCCUAAUGAAUUUGUAUAAUGAAUUGAGAAGGAGCGUGCACGCCACAGGGAGUCUCCAGCCUUGAGGCCAUCUGUCAAACAUGACUUAAUUGACGAAGUGACGGCCUGCUCAGCAAGAACCAACGCGACGCGACGAGGAACGAGUGACGGACGGACUAUUGGUCGAGGAAAUCAGAUCACAGCCACUUUUGCAUCGGAUCGCCCCCGGUUCUGCAUUUUGGAUAUCCUGCAUGGGUUGAAGCCUCUUAUGUUGGUAGGAGUUGCGGCGCAGCAGGGGGGGUGAUUUGGACGUGCUUGCUUUGGCGGAAAGGGGAGCAUCGACAAGAAAGCGGCAAGAGAGGGUUUGGCGAAUUGAAGGGAUGGAAAUCUUUGUUGCAUUAUUCUGGCUACACAGGAGUCGAGAAGACAAUGGCAU